GCAGACCUUGCCCAGAAAGGCUUGCAGCUUCCGACGCAGAAUCCGUACCAACAACUUCAUCUCCAAAAUAUAAAACACCAACGUCUAGCCAAAAGGUCACUUCAAAGUCUCCCUGCCUACCCUAACAUUGGAAAACCCUUAUAGGCAGGGAUUGACGAUUGACAAUGCCGUCAGCGCGCGAGUAAAGCAGCGAACUCGAUCUCGAACGAACACGAUCUUCCAUCCCAACAUAUAAUUAAGGCUCAAAUAGCAUCGAGCUGUAGCUUCAGAUUGCUACUAUUCGACCGUCUCAAACUUAUCAACCCUCCUUAGAGCCCUCACCGGCACCAAUAUCACCAUAAUGUCUCGUGCGCGUCUCAUUCUCCGCCGCCUCCUCCCGAGGGCCCGGGUGUCCCCGACUCUCAGGCCAUUGCCUCAUCGCCGCGCGGCCGGUACCAUGUCAAUAAUCGGCCGACCACAGCUUCCAUUCCUAGCCCCACCGAGCCCCCGACAACAAACACGGUAUAUGGGAACCGGCAGGCGGAACUGGUUGGUCAACGAGGCAUACUGGACUGUCUACUGGUGCUUCGUCUUUGGCACCAUGAGCAUCUUUGGAUGGGCGAUUGCGUUUGCAGUUCGUGAGGAGGUGCGCGAGAGGGAGCACCCCACGCCGCACGAGUGGUCCUUUAUAACGCGCUGGAUGGUCCGCGAGGCCAUGGCCGAGCGUGACGUCCUCGACACCAUCAAGCCCGACUGGCCUUAUAUUUUUCAACGGCUGCGCGAUGCAGCCAGGCGUCUCGAAGAUGGCAAGGUAGAUGGAAAGAAUGUCAACGACAUGGAGAUGGGCCAGGACCCGCCACACCCGCCAGAGAGCAAGGACUUAUCUGCAAAGGGCGAGGAGUGGAUAAGGGGUUACUACGAGGUUCUGAUGGCUUGGUGCAAGGCUGCGGAAUAUGUGGAUGGCUGGGUCGUUGACAAGACGCGAGGGAUAGUGUUCGCGCCCGAGGUUGUCAUUGGACCCUCUAACCCUAACAGGAAGCCAAUCCCUGUGGGAGCGGCCAGCGCGCCCAAGGAGGAAGACUGUGAGCUGGCCUUCCCCGAGCGGCCAGACAUGCUUUACCAGAAGGUCCUUGGCACCAAGGGGUUCACGCCGAGGCAGCGUAUGGACGCGGCUUUGGCGUAUGCUACUUGGUUGGAAUUCAAAGGGGAACAGGCCGCCGCAGGGGCCAUGUAUGAGCAGGCGGUGGGCAUUGCACUGGAUGCAGCAGGCCAGAGGGACUUGGUAGACCCCGAGAUGUGGACGCUAAAGGACUCGGCUCUUCCCUCUGCCAAUGCCCUGCGAUCAUUGACGGCAUACGCACAAUUCAAGGCGCGACAAGGCGAUACGUCAUCGGGACUGCCGAUGAUGGUGUCUAUCCUACGGGCACGACGGUCACUACCUAGUGUGGGCGCAGCAUUGGAAGCAGAACGCACAUUCAAACCGCGCCAGAUCACACAGGAGAAGUGGUUCGCCGAGAAGAUUUCCGACCUGACAGUCUCGUUCUUCUCACCGCCACCGUACCCGCCCCCGCCACCGGACGGCACGAGACCACCAGCUCGCGACACCAAGGAGAGGUGCGAAGAGGCUGCCUUGCACAUGCACAUCGGUGAAAUCAUGUACGCAUCAUCAGCGCGCGCGAGGGAGGAAGGGCUGGCAUGGACGCGCGAGGCGGUCGACACUGCCGAGGAGCAGCUGCACCAAAUUCAGGGUGAGGGGGCCGCGAACAAGAAUAGCAUGAGUAUCACGAGCGUCGUUUUUGGGACGGCAAGGCGCGACGAGCGCGACCUCAUCUCAAGGCGUAACGUAGUCAGCCUGGACGCCCGUACGACCUGCCGCGAGUGUCUCGCCGCCGGGCUGGACAACUGGGCCUUAAUGGUCCGGCAGCUGGCGGCGGAGGAGCAGAGGCAAAAGGAGAAGCGUGGCGAGGAGCCCUCUUCCGGUGGCUCAUGGUUUGGGCUCUGGGGACGUGGCGGUCAGCAAGCCGGACGGUGGGAGGCCGAGGAAAAGGUCGUCGAGGAGAGGAUGGAAAGGGCUAAGAAGCUCUUGGACGACCCGGAUGCCCCAUCCGUCGGGCCCAUGUCACUGUUCCAGGUUUAAGCUCCUGGAAUGAUGGCUUUGCCACAUAUCUACAAAAUAGUUCAAUCUCAUCCUGUCCUUCAGAAGCCAAUGGAACUCAGCGGGUUCGCGGCAUACUUUCUUCAAUGCAGGGUAAACACGUCUAGCCCAGUCCGUUAGCGACUCGCACCAUGUCAUGAUACGCUUUUGAUUUCUUGAUCGAGGGGCGUAUUGCAACCAGUCUCGUACCCCCCAUUCGUCUGGGAGCAUAGGAAGGCCCAUGUCUCAGCUCGAAGAGCCAUGAUUACCAGCGCGUGACAGCCUGAUGUCCCGCGAUUUUGUCAACCGUACCAAUGAUAUUGGAAUAUCAGGCAAAGAGGACCCUUGCAAUAUUGGCCGUCGUUUGGGAAAUUUGUGGCGAGAAAAGAAACAAGAAAAAAGGAAAACAACCAAAAGAAAAAGAAAAAGAGAAAAAGGGCUAUCCUAUCUGCAGAGCGUACUCCUCAUCGGAACUGCCCCCGUCCGUGUGGUGCGACGAAAAGGUGCAGAAGGUGUGACCUCCAUACGUCCUCUUUCAGCAAAAUCUCCGUUGCCGAAAAGUCGAGCGCAUUGCCGCUUGGGUGAUGAUCAUAACAGAUUCCGGCAGGCAAUUCUGCCCUCGUGUUGCCAAGACUGAUUGCUUUUUGGGGGACAACUCCACGGCGACGCUGGAAAUCUGCAGGGGGGUAACGAUUUUGACCUUGCGGCAGGCAAGACGGCGCAGGUAAACGCCCUUUGCGACUGGGGUAAUUAGUGCUCAGUGGAGAGAUGAUGAUGAAUAACAAUAAUUGCCACGUUGGGCUCCGCAAGCUUUCAUCGUCAAACAAGUUUGGCUAUCGCUGACAACCCUUUUUUGCGUUCGUCAUUUUCGAGGAUCGAGUCUUUCUCGGAAACGUCUAGCGGCCUGUCCUGUCACAUCGGAGAUGCCCGAUGAUUACUAGGGGCGCAGCGCCAGUCCAAGUUUACGGGAGCGACGAUGCGAAAACGUCAAUGAUCCUGUAAAAGUUCGCGUGAACGUAUCUGAGCAACAAUCAAGCAUCCUAAGAUGCUAGAACUAAUACAUGCCUUGGCAGUGUCACUAGGAUACUCCUUGUUUCGUCGACGUUUGGUUGCAUGGUCGUCAUUUGAGGUGGCUUUAAUUUUUUUUUGUUCUUGUUUUCUUCACCACCACCAUAUUCAGAAUGCGGAAAUGCGCGAACAAAUGAAAUGCUGUGGAGUGCAGAGUAUUGCAAGCCUUUGGCGAGAAUGGUCAGAUUGUCGCAAACAUAGCUAUGUUCGAGGUGGCCUGAUUUCAGCCACGACUACCAGCCCAAUCUGACAAGGGGCAAAGCACCAAACCGUUCUAGGCUUAAUGUGCUUGUGUGGUAUGAGGUUGGGUUGCGUGCUGUUUUAUCCGGCGGAAUAUUUUACUACUUACGACAGUAGAACGAGGGGAUAAUAUUACUGGGCUACUGGACUGAGUGCCAAAAAUAUCACCAGUACCGUAUUAUGAUACAAGACCUAAGCGCUGCACCUACUGAG